ACUGGACUCGCUGUGGCGGAUCGCAAAAGGGUCGGAUUGAAGCCGGGGUAUCAUAGUCUAAGCAUCAAGAUGCCUCUUUGACAACACAGGAUGGGGAAGGAGAAAAAGGCUGAGCUCGACAUCAACAAAAUUGAUUCUGCCACACUCCCAAAUUUGAGCACAACUGUUCAUCGGAAAUUGCACUGCGAUGUCAUGAACGCAGUGAGUGGCCAUUUUGAACCUAUCGCGCGCAUCCCAGCAUCCCAACCAACCCGAGCAUUUCACCCAGAGCCAAUGUCUGUCACACCGGCUUUCUCCUUCAAAGCCCGCGCAAGCCACCGCCAAAGCCACCCUUCCCGCAAGGCUUCCCAAUCGCCAAUCAACUCCCACGUCCGCUCGCUCCGCCAAGCUGUGGCUAUGAUACCAAAAAUCCUGGCUGUGGCGCCGUGAUGGGAGGUGGUGACGAUACAUGACAUCACAAAUCUGUGAAUCCCAGUGACGGCAACAACAUGCCUUAUGCGGCCAUACACUAUGCCUGUCAAUGGCUUUCCGCUACACUUGAAGGUAUGAGGUUAAACUAGAUAAUUCUAGUUGUGAAUUUCCUGGUUUGUUGGGAAGAAGGAGGACUUGACUCGAGUCUGGGUGGGAUGGCCGGGGCCAGGGCGAGCAUGCGGUCAUACAUACGAAUUGGCGGGAAGGUAAAUUAUGGCAUGUGUGAUAUAAGGUCGACCCAUUCAAAAAAAAAAAAAAAA